UGUCGAGAAGAAUCUGUUUGAACCCUAGAAUUUUAUCUCUCUUUUCUCUUUUUCUCUCUGUUCGGAAUUUGUGAACUCUUCGAAUUUUUGUGCAACUAUGGAUUCGGUAGAUCAAAUUAGAUCCGAAGAGGUGAGGAACUGGCUUGAAUUGCCUCAGGAUGUUCUGUCUCUGAUAUUUAUGAAGCUGGGUCCUGUUGAAGUCCUCGUCAGAGCUCAAAGCGUCUGUUCUUCAUGGAGAAAGGUCUCCAAAGAGCCUCAACUCUGGCGAUUAAUAUAUUUUAGAGAUCCGUGGGAUUUUGCGGAAAGUGAGGUUGAUUUUGAGAAAGUGGCGAGACAUGCCGUGGACAGGAGUUGUGGGCAAUUGAUUGAGUUCUCUGUUGGACAUUUUGGCACUGAUGAGGUUUUGAAGUAUAUCACUGACAGAUCCUACCCCUUGAGAUGCCUUGGACUUGCACAUUGCAUUUUUGUUACAGAAAAUGGAAUGAUUGAAGCGGUGAAAAAACUUCCCUUGUUGGAGGAGCUUGAUCUAUCCUAUUGUCAUUUCUCAAAAAAAGUGCUUGAAGCCCUUGGCCAGUUCUGCCCUCGAUUGAAAUCAUUAAAACUCAAGCGCCACAGCAGGUUUGGGUGCUUAUACAAAGAUUAUGAUGAGGAGGCACUUGUUAUUGCAGAGAACAUGCCUGAGUUACGUUACCUUAACCUUUAUGGUAACAAAUUGACGGAUGAUGGCCUUCGGGCCAUUCUUGAUGGCUGUCCUCAUCUUGAAACCCUUGAUCUGCGGCGGUGCUUCAGUGUUGAUUUAGAAGGGGAUCUGCAAAGUAGAUGUGCAGACAGGAUCAAAUCUCUAAAACUUCCAGAUGACCCCUGUGAGGAAAAUGAGUUUGAUGAGUUUGAUGCUAAUACUGAUUUUGAUGGAUCGUAUGACGAUGACUUGUCUGGGCUUUCUGAAAUUGAUCUUAUGUCAGAUGAUGGAUACGAUGGUUAUUAUGGAUUUUCUGAUGGCAGCGACUUGUCUGAUUAUGGAGGUUAUUUGUCUGAUUUUGCCUUCUGAGGAUGGUUUUAUGGCUUUCAAUCUUCCAUUUUGGUUAAAGCAUGAACUUUCCAUGCUGAUGAGGAAAAUCUGUGUAGUUGGUAAUGUAGUGGUUAUCAAUCUGCUAGGAUAUUCAAAUGAAACCUUUUUCUUUCCUAUAUUUCUCCCUGCUUUUCUAUUUGAAUUCUAGUGUAACUUGAACUUCAAUGCAGAUAGGGACAAUGCUAGGAAGAGAGGUCCUACUUAAUGCAUUGGUCUAUAAUGGUAUGGGUUCCACUGUAAGUUUGGCUCAUGACGUGCUUUUUAUGACUUUAUUACUUGAAUCCGUGCUAAUGUUAUUGAUCGUCUAUUA